GAUUGCAUUGACUAUAGAUGUCGAUAGAAAAACAUAUGGCUACGUUUUUCAUUGUGUGUUGUGACUAUCUUUCUAUUUAUUAGGUGAUCCUGAAAAUCUGGAAUUUGAAUUUAUAAUUGAAUAGUAGAAGAAGCUAAGAAAAGUAUAAUUUGUAUUUUUAAAAUUCAUUGAUUUUUGAGAGAUAUUACGAUUAUCGAAAGCGAUUGGUUUAAUCGAUAAACUCGGUGCCAAAUUAUCAACCUUUACGCGCAGGUUUACUAUCGUUUACGAUUCUUCUUGCAGCGAUAACUGGCGUCAAGAUGUCUGCAUCUGUGACAGCUAAACUUCAAGAUGACAUGAAUAGUAUACCUUUGGCAGAUGAUGAUCCUCAAGUUAUUAUUCCCGAAGAAGAGGUGUUGGAUAAUGCUUCUCAUUUAUCUGAUGCAUUAGGUAGAGGACGUAGUAUGGAUUCUAUUCCAUCCACUUUUACUAAUGGUAGCUGUAGCCCCAAUAGUUUAGAUCCUGAUAUUAGUCCAGAUGAACAAGAAGAAAAAGCACGGUUAAUAGCACAAGUUUUGGAACUUCAAAAUACAUUAGAUGAUCUAUCUCAGAGGGUGGACAGUGUCAAGGAAGAAAAUUUGAAAUUACGAAGUGAAAAUCAAGUACUGAGUCAAUAUAUAGAGAAUCUAAUGUCCGCUUCAAGUGUAUUCCAAUCGACUAGUCCAAAUACUAAAAAGAAAUGAAUUCCUGUAAUUGACAUGAAAAGAUUGUAAACAUACAGGGAUUUUACGAUUGUUGUGAUUUUUCAUUCCUUAUGAAAAGUAUGUAUACAUAUAUUUGCAGCUGCCUUAUUUGAAAACAAGAACCAUAUAUUAUAAUAAAUUUUAAAGUCAAUAAUAUGUGACAUGUAUUAAAAAGACAUUAACUUUACCUGAAGCUAAUAUAUACUUUUCAUAAGGGCAAAGGUUUGCUUGAAAAGCUAAUAUUUUCUUUUUUCAUUUUAAAAAUUUAUGCAUUAAGCACUAUUCCCCCUUUAACUUUCAAGGGAUAUAUUUUAACAUGUAUAAUACUCACUGUUUUUGUUGCUUUUAAGUGAUGGCAGAGGCUUAUGGUUAGAAAUUAAUGCAUUUACAUUGAUCAUCGAUUACCAAAGAAUCUUAUUAAAUUUUUUUCUAUAAUUUAUAAGAUAAUCGAAUAAUGUAAGCCUUAUUUUUAUUAUUGUUAACAAAUGUUAUCUUAAGAGAUUCUACCUGAUCACACCAUUUCAAUUAGGUUUUUCAAAUCUUAUCUGUUUGUAUUAAUAAUAACAAGAUUUUAUUAAGACAACGUCCUUUUAUACUUUAAGCUUUUGCUUAAGAGUUCUAAUAACAUAUGUAUGCAAUGUAUGUAGAUGUACAAAGAAGAUAAAACCAAUUAUAUAAAAUAUUAUUAUAUAAUAUACAUAUACACAGAUGUGUGCUCAUGUGUACACAUUAUACACACAAGUAAUUACAUAUUGUACGUACAUACAUACACAUAUUACGAUCGAAAUUAUCGCAUAAGUAAGAAAUCGAUGUUUAGAUUCUCUGCUACAAGUAGAGUAUGUAGAAUAUCUCGAUCGUAUUUUCAUGAAUAUCUUUGACCUGUUGCACCAUGUUUGCAGCGUAACAAUUAUGAAUGUUAAUAAUCGAGCGUACCGCGAAUUACAACUGCGACUUGCGAGAAAGUUUCAGUUCGAGGGCACAAGCAAAAUGCACAAUCUCAAACUAUUCCAUUGUUGAGUAACACAGUGUUAUAAUAAACAUUAUAUUCUAUUGGAUUA